AUGAAGCCUCCGGUCGAGAUGGACCUCGAUGAUUUGGGGGUCGUGCUGAAUAGCGACAGCGAGAGCGUGCUGCUCAAGGGACUGCGGCGCUUCGCGAGGCAGAUACGGCGGGAGCACGGCCUGAUCCCCGAGAAGGACGAAGGGGGGGGGGGCGUGGAUGGGACGCCGACCCCCCCCAACGACGAAGAACAGGGCGAAGGGGCCACGGCGAUGGAGGUGGACAGUAGCGAUGGUAGCAGGAGCGGGAGCGACGUCGAAGAUGCCAAGGGGGGGGGGCACCGUGGGGGAGAAGGAGGGGGCACCAGCGGUUGCGACCGGCACAGAGAAGCCUUGCUCGAGGCCGCCGGGAAGGGCGAGGCACCCGGGCUGCUGGGGGAGUACCUGCGCGGGUCGCCUCAGCUGAACGAUCUCUUGCACCUGUGGGAUCUGGAUCAACGCAAGUCCUCUCCCGUUCUAGCCGCCGCCCACACGGACUCCUUCGCAGCCGUCCUUGAAUGCCUCGCGGCCGUGCUGCGACACCUGGCCGCGGGCUCGGCGGUAACGGGCGCCGUGUCGGCUGUGGCCCGAGGGGAGGCUAUCGAGGCUACCGGCUUGGGUCUGUGCAGGAGGCUCACUCGAGACAAGAUGGAUGACAUCCACGCUCAGCUCCAUCCCAGUGCCGGAUCGGCAUCCUCCAGCGGCGGCGGCGGUGGUAGCAGUAAGAAGGCCAAGAAGAAGAAGACCAAGGCUGGCGCGGUCCAAGCAGGCGCGCUUACCGGCGAAGAGGUAGCAGCAGCAACACUCCGGCUGCUUACGAGCGUGGCACGCUUUCACAGGCUUGCCGCGAAAGAACUGGCGGGGGUUUUCAACUUUUCCCACAAGGCGUUCGUCAAGCUCGUGUCGCGCAAGGGAGGGAGCGCCGCCGCAUCUUCGCAUUCCACGGAGCCCCCUGUCGCGGGCGCCGCCGGAGACGUUGCUGUGGAGAACGCUGCUGCCGGCGCAGCGGGAGGUGGAAAAAAGGCCAAGAAAAAGAGAAAGGCUGCCGAGAUGAUGGCCGCCGCCGCCGCCGCUGCCGCCGCUGCCGACAGUGCUGGUCCAGGAGACAGUGGGGUUACCCGCGGGGGGAAGGGCGUGGAGGACACCCGGCACUUGAGCGUGGACUUGCUCUGCGCGUUCAUGGAUUCAGAGGACCCAGCGCUGCAGAUGCAGAUGGUGACCGGCGCUAGGGGCGGCGGAGCGCUCGGGUUGAUAUUCAGGGGGUGUUUGUGGCGCGACCCCGAGGAAACAUGCACCGUCGUGGUGGAAACCCUUCAUCGGAGGCUCUUGCGCAACAGGCGCGUUUCUCGACGCGCCAAGGCCGACUUCUUUUCGUCGGGAACCAUCGAACACCUUCGCAAGGUGUUCGACCACGCCUCUCCGGCUCUGUACGAGAGCCUCCACGGCCUCAUGUCGGCGGUGCUGUGCGACACGACCACCAGCCCGUUCCUCGAAGCCGCCGCCGCGGCGGGAGGCACGGCGGUGGUCACCUUUCAGCGUCCGCUGCUGGCCGGGCUGGCCUGUCUCGGCGCUCACGAGGACUUGGGGCAGAGGACGCUGUUGCUGCCUACCCUCGUCGCCUGCCCGUCGCUCCUCGGGCCCUACCUCCGCACCUUCAACACCGCCAUGCUCGAGGCGCGUCCGACGUACCGCCUCCUCCAGACGUACUCCCUCCUCUCGACAGUGCUGAGAAAGGUACCGGUGGCUGGCUCCUCCUCGUCGAGAGAAGAAGACGGUGGCGGUGGCGGCACAGCCGCCGCGGGGCAAGCGUUGUUCUCGACGGUAAUGCCCGCGGAGCUCAACAAGAAGGAGCUGACGAGGGGUGUCCUGAGCGGGAGCCCGCUGCUGCAGGCCGCUACCAUGAACCUGAUGGCUGGCAUCCUCGACCGCUCCAGCCUCGUCGCCGCCGCCGCCGCGGGUUCCUCCCCCUCGCCUCCUGGGGUGGUCGACAUGAAACGCCUUCUGCGGCAGCGUAUGCCCGAUUUGCAAACGCUGCUGGGACUCAGGGACAAGAUCGGCGUCGGGGCCGGCGAUGCUAGCAAGGCCCCGGGGGGGCAGCACGUCGAUCGGGCAGUGGUCCUGAGGUGGCGCGUGCUGUCCCUGCUCGACCGUUACGCCCGGGUGAUCCCCUCGUCUGUGGCGGCCGCCCGGUUCGACUUCCUCAAGCUCCUGCCACGACCGGCUCCACGGCCAGAGACACAGCCUGCGUCCGGAGCGCCUCCAGCGGCGGCGUCGGAAAGUCGGGAGGGCGGCGGCAGUUCCGAGGGAGGCGGCGGGGAGGGGGGUGAGGGCGAGGCCGGGGUGUGGCUCGACGUGCUGGCCCUGACUCCGGAGUCCGUGGGAGUGUUCGUCCUUCUGGCGAGAAACGCGUGCGAGAACGGUCACGUGCUGGUGGCGGCCGGGAUACGGGCGGCGGAGCGGGGGAUGAGGAACAAUCGGUUCCUGCGGAUGAGGGGCGGUGGUGGGGGCGGUGCUAAGCAGCGCGAGGGGGACUGGGAGGUGGAGUUCAGCACCCUGUCCGUGGCCGCCGUUACCUCGCUAGCCGGGAUCAGCGCGGACAGCCUCCGCACCGAAGCCUUCGGCACCUCGGCAGGUUUCCGUCCAAGCAGAGGCGGCGGCGGCAGCGGCGGCACCGGCCCAUCGUCGGACCUCCCCACCCCGCCCGCCGUCGGCCCUGAGCCCGCAAGGCUGUUCACCGGGGCCGUGUCUAGGGUGCUCCACCUCCACGACGAUCCGAGACCGUUCGCCGGACUGUGCCUCGCGUUCGCCGGCCUGGCCAUUUCUAUCGCGAGGUCGUUCGGCUGCAACGACGCGGUGGUCGGGUCCGGAGACCGUUCCGCGGGGAACACGGCGGUGCACCUGCUGCUCAAAAAGCGGCCCCCGCCGAGGCCGACGGCGAGAGCCGCGUCCGCGUCCCGGCUCGCCGCCACCCUGGCGGACAACCCGGGGCUCAGCGUCUUCGAGCUCAACCGCGUCCUCGCCGCCGCACGCGCCGGCACGGGCGAGGCGGAGACGGCAGGGGAAGGCGAAGAGAGGUCGCUUUCGGAGGUGGCCUGCGGUGAUCUUUCGGCCUUGGUGGUAGCAGCGGCGGCAGCGGAGGAGGAGGAGGGGGAGGGGGGGGGCGUGGUCGCGGGAGCUGCAGCGCCGUUCCUGGAGAGACUGUGCAGGGCUACCGCAUCUGCCGUGGCGUCCGGUUCCCGGCACCUCCAAUGGCUCUCCCAGGCGCAGAUCGCGUGCCGCGGCUCUUGCUCCUCCGCGGCCUUGUCUGGCGUGCUGGCCGCGCUGCUGUCGAGACUAAGCACCACAAAGGCCCUGGCGCCCGCUAGCGGCAGCCCCGACCUCCUCGACACACGUCUCCGCGGUGGCGCCUCCGACGUUCUUGCGAGGCGCUUGCUCGAACAGCUCUUGGCCCCGUCGCCGAGAAGGGGGCUCGCCGGCGGAGGAGUUGCUAGUGAAGAGGAGGAGGUGGUGGAGGAACGAGGAGCGUCGCUGGUGGCGGGGUUGGGACCGGAGUCUACGGUAGCCUUGGUGCGAUUGCAGGUGGAGUCGCCUUCUCCCGAACUGGGGUGCCUGGUCUGCCUCGCCAUCACCGCAAGGUCGUCUAGAGAUAACUCGGACGUUGUUGGAGGUGUUGCGGCUGAUACAGCGGCGGCGGCACAGGCUGAUCUGUUGGAUGCCGAGAUUUUCUUCCAGCACUUCUUCGGCAAGCUUACGACGGCGGCUGGAGGCACGGGCGGUGAUGCGGACUCGCGGUCUUCUGCUUUCGGCAGCGGUGGCGGCUGUGUGGAUGGCGAUGGAGCGGAUGCGAGGAUUUUGGAGGAGCUGGUGCGCUCGUGCCCAAGCCAUGCCAAUCGCUUCGCCCUGGCCGUACUACCGGUCCUGCGCAACCUCCGCCCGUGCGACCGGAAAGCGGACGAAAGAAAACAACACGGCGGCGGCGGCACCAAGGGCGGCGGCGAGUUGUCGAUGGCGCAAGCCUCCCUCGGCGCCGCCGCGGCGGCCGUGGUCGCCGCCGAGCGUAGCGACUCCGCGAUUGCGUCCCUUCUGGCGCUCCGCCGGCCGCUAACGGCGUUCUUGACGGGGGGGGAGGAGGAAGCGUCGUCAAGGGACCCGGGUCCCUCCGGCUUCUCGGGGACGGUUCGAUCGAAAAGAAAGAGGUUCGGUGCCGAGGCGGCGGCGGCGGGGGGGGGUGCCCGGCGAGACAGCAUGGCCGAGGGGAAGGGGGACUACGGUCAUGGAAGGACGUUCGUCGGGCGGGGCGGGGGGGGAGGAGGCCGGGCGGUGUGGAAGGCGGCGGCAGAAAGCCGCCGCGGAAAACUCAACGGCCACGCGGCGGCAUUUGCAGAACUCGAGGAGGUGCUCUUGCCUAGGUGCAUCGUCCCGCUGUUCGAAGCCGCGGCCGGGCGCGUGGGCACCAAGGGGACGGAGCAGCCGGUUGGUGGUCCGAGGCCGCCGAAGGUGGCCAAGAAGGGGUUUCUUUCGUGCCUGCGGGCGGUCUUGGAGAUCUCCCGCGGGAGCGAGAACUUGGCGGCAGCCGGCGCGCUUCGCGCGCUUCGAACGUCCAUGUCUGCGUGCGAGCAGCUAGGCAAGCGGCCCCCGCCGGACGCCCAGGCUCACGCCCUCGCCAGGGCAGCCCUCGCCGCCUGGCUAUCCCCUCCCGGGAACCAAGGUCUCGACAAGGCCGCCGGCGAUACCGACGACGAGCCAGGACCUAUCUCCGGCCCUCGCUCUGCCGCUUCCCAUCCGAAGAUGCUCCAAACGCGGGCGCCCCCCCAGGAACGACAGCAGCAGCAGGAAGAGGCGAGGAGGGACUACUUGCGACAUUGCUUGGCCCGGUCGGCGAUGGCCGCCAGGGCGGUCGGCCGAGCCGCGAGAAAAGCUUCGGCUGCUGCUGCCGCCGCCGCCGCCGCCGCCGCCGCCGCCCCCGGCGGCGGCACCGGGGAUACCCCCGGCGAGAACAAGACGGCGGCGGCGAAAUCGGCAGGGGAUGAAGACGAGCUGUGCAAGUUCUUGCUCGGCGAGGUGGUCAGGGUUGUUUCCGAAGCUGAAGCGGAGGACGGUGCUGCGACGACGGCGGCGGCGGCGGCGGCGUCGGCAUCCCCGCGCGCGGAGCGUCUGCUGGGGCUUGGCCGCGACUCCGCCGCCGCUGGCGGUGAUGUCGACGCCGCCGUCGUAGCCGUGGAGGCGUUCCUGACCGCCGUCCUCAAGCACCGCCUGGCGGACCCUGGCUCUCUUCGGGCAGUGCGGGCGGUUGCGUGCACCCUGUACCAGCGGCGGCGGCAGCAGCCGCAGCGACGGAAACGACAACCGGAACCCUCGCUGCCUGGUACUGAGGCAACGGAGGAGGGCGAUCGCAGCAGCAAGAAGGGGGGAGAUGAAGCGGAAGCCGGUUUGGAGUCAGCGGCCGCUGUACCGCCGCUGCUCCCCGGCUGGUCGACCGCAACGAUGAUCGAGAGGAUUGUCGGCCACUCCGGAUUCCUUAGCGUCCUCGAAGCGGAGGGCGCUCCCCGCCGCGAGCUCCUGAAGCUCCUCGUGCUGCUCGUGUCUGCCGGAGGCCUGAUGCCGCCGCCCGAGACGGAGACCGCGGCUGGCACUGGCGUUGGCGUGGGCCUCGUCCGACCGCUCCUGUCGGUGUACCGGGUGUCCAUGUCGGAGGACGAUCAGAUCUACGACCCUUGCUUUGUCCUGCCACUGCUGGAGUGGGGCUUGAGGAGCGUCGUCGUAAAGGCGCAGGCGGUGUGCGAGUCGCUGCUGCUCGGGUACGUGAUCACGGCAACCUCGAGCCUCAGCCUGUCCACUCGAGCCUCGGCGUACUCGUGCCUCUUCCACCUGCUGGAGGCGCUCCAGGAGCAGGAGGCCAAGACGGCGAGCUUGUGGACAGCGACGUCGAGUGGAGGUGGCGGCGGAGCGGCGGGCUUCAAGGCUAGGAAGGCGGCGGAAGCGGCGUUUCGGCAACGGCCCCAGCUCACGUUGCUCCUGCGAUGCCUCAGAGACGGAGUAGAAACCCCUCUCCAGCGAGUCCCUUGCGCCGUUGCGGUGGUGCUGGCUAAGGCAUCUGAGGCGUUGGCUGCAAGUCCUGGCAGCGAGAUAUACAGGGUCGUCAACAGCUUCUUGCUGCACCGCCCCUUCGUGCGCCUCGACGAGCUCCCCCUCUUCGACGUCCUCUUCACGGGAGUUCAACAGGGGGAGGGGGGCCGAGACGGCGGCCGGGGGGGCCACGGGGACACCCUGGGCGCCACCUCCGCGUCAGACCCCGGUGCCGCCUCGAACAAGGCGCGGGUUUGGAUGCUGCGGGCCCUUCGAGACGGUCUCCGCACGAGCGAGGACUUGGAGCUGGCCGCCGGCAAACGCGCCGUGCCGCUGCUCCUGGCCAUGGCCGACUCCCCUGUGGGGAACGGCGACGUGGUAAUUCAAGAGCUUAUCGUCGACAUCCUUGGCAGGGUGGCUUCUCUCGAGGCGCUCGGGGUCAAGGUACCUUCUUAAUUCCAUCGGGCUUGUCGCCUGGGGGCGCAUGGUCCUGGGGCGCAGCCUGCUGGCGACGAGCUCCCCUGCCCGCCCGCCCAAGCAGCGACUGCGGCGGCAGCGGGGGGGGGGACAUCUUCGAGCCAAUUGGCCGGGAAGGGUGGGGGAACUCGAGGUGGUGGUGGUGGGCGGGGGGGGCGGGCGGGGGGUGAUUCCGCCGCCGCCGCCGCCGCCGCUGUGACCCACGCGGAUGUGGCCGCAAGAGCGGUGGCGCUUCUGGAAGAAGUGCAGCUGGGGGAGAGGCUACCGCCGGCGGUCGCCGGCGAGGACGAUGAUGACGGUGCCGUGCUGGGCAGCGAGGAAGGAGGCUCGGACGGCCGGUUACGCGGGGGCAUGCGACUCACUCUUGACGAGGCCCUGUCUCUCUCUACGGCCGUGGGCGCGAUGGUCGAGUCGGAACCGAAGGCUUCAGCGUCGUCGUCGUCGUCGUCGUUGUCCGCCCCCGACUUGAAAAUGCGAGUGGGUCGCCUGCUGGCUUCUCCUGGAGCCGUGGAGGCUUCAACCGGUACGGCGGCGGCGGCGGCGGCGGCGUCAAGACACGGAAAAUGACGGCCGCCGCUUACCACUCAAGUUGGGCCGCCCCUUUGUUCGGGAAGGAAGACGAAGAGUUCGGCUGGUCGGCAAUGAUUGUCAGGAGACGACGGUGAUGGCGCAUCGGGGUUGGGCUGUUGGAAAAGGUGCUGCUUCGAAAGUAACAUCGUCGGACAAACGUCGCGAAUAGAGGCGAAUAAUGACGGCAGGGCGUGCGGCCGAACAGGCAUCAUUUUCUCUUGCGUCCUGCGUCCGAGCAGAAUAAUUUCUGUGACAACCCUGAAUGCAGAGCUCUCCUCUUGUUGGUACCUGCUGCUAUGUCGAGCUGUCACGAAUGCAGUAAUAUGGAAGAAGAGCAGGACAUAAGACCAUGGACAUGUUCAGCUGCUUCCUAUCGUCGAUGCGCUUGUUGCUCAUAGAAUCUGCCCCACCACCGCGGGUGGAGUGCGAGGUAGAUCAGCGAUUAUUUGGGGGGGAUCGCCUGUUUUCUCGAAGCACCACUCUCAGAGAGUUUCAAAGGGUUUCACAGGAAGGGGUUCAACCUCGGCGAAGGACUCGUGUUUUUCUAAGCUGUGCCCGUAGAAUCAUGCGAAUUGUGCUGGGAGGCUACUGAAUGAAUACAUAUCUCAGUGUGGCUGUUGGGGGUGGCGCGGGCUUCCUUGCUGUUGAUAUAUAUAUAUUUUUUGUCUUCACUUCAAAUCAGCGCUCACAGCACUAGUGCCGUUUACUCCGACCCGUGGUCACACAGA